CUAAAAUUGAAGUCAGCGUGAAGCGCAGUGUCCUGAAUGAGCACGAGCGUCAGUGGCAUGAGCACGAAUCUGCGCGAGCUCACAAAUCAAAGUUCGCUCAAUGAGAGGCGCGAGACGAGUGAAAACAACAGAUUGAUCGCGUGCGCGACGCGGCUUUUCUUAUGUUUAUUUACAAAACGUGAAUAGUUUCUAGACCUUUUUGAAACACUUUAUGAAUUCAUUUGUGUUUCCAGCUUCCAAAAAAUACGGAUGAAGUUUAAAAUGCGGACCCGCAGUGAUAUUAGAGGGGGAGAUAGCUGAGUCUAUCUGAGUGUUGUGGAAUGAGUCGGACCGCAUCAACGCUACUUUAUAACCGCUGGACUGUUAUUCCAGUGCGUUCUCCUUCUGAGCUCAGAGUGUUAGGAUAAUCUGGAAUGUUGGCGAGGCGGAUUUCAUCGGGUUCAGUUCGGUUAACUUUUUUGGUUUGGGUGCUCACGUUGUCAAUAACUCUUGGGUCUGGAUCAGAGCUGAAGGUGAAGGUUCGUUUGUCCGAUGGGCAGAUCACUGAUGAAGUUCUGGAAGCGGACAGUGAGAAAGACUCCAUCACUGUGGAGUUUAAACAAGGAGAUGGGACUCUCAUAACUUUUGUGGCUGAUUUCAGACAGGAUGUGAAGAUCUUUCGGGCGCUGAUCCUGGGAGAGCUGGAGAGAGGGCAGAGCCAGUACCAAGCGCUCUGCUUCAUCACACGCCUCAACCACAAUGAGAUCAUCCCCAGCGAGUCCAUGGCCAGACUCCGACAGAAAAAUCCCCAAGCCAUCCGCACAGCAGAAGAGAAAAAAAGCACAGAGAUGCUGAGCAUGAAUGUAGCGGUCAACUUGACACGGACGUGGCAGCUCAGCGCCCACAUCCAUAACAUGUGCAACGUCGCCCGCGAGGCCGUCUACACGCGCGAGGCUGAUGUCAAACACUGGCUGGACAGAGGCAUGGAGAGCUCCAUGUUUGAGCCCCAACCAGUGGAGGUGCCAGGCCUGCAGAGCUGUGGGACUGUGAAGGACCUGUGGCAGGCUUGCUCCUGUAGCUACAACCUCAGACUGGAGUGGUACCCCUGCCUGCUAAAAUACUGUCGCAACAGGGACGUCUCUGGUCGGGGAAGCCCCUAUAAAUGUGGCAUUAAAAGCUGCAGCAAGGGCUACCAGUUUACGUACUAUGUACCCCACAAACAACUGUGCCUAUGGGAGGAAGAGACCUAGAGCAACAUGCCUGGUUCUUUUUAAGACUACACUUCUAGAAACAUGUAUUUAAUGUGACCUUUACACGUUAGUUACUUAGUUUGUUCACCUCCAAGCCUUCAGACUAGUGGAGUUUCUACACAGAGGAGCGUGACACUGAAAUUAUGUUUGGCUUUUCCAAAUGGAUGGGUGGAAAGAGGAUGGACAGAACCGUGAUUAAUGGUGGAGAUGUCAUUACAGCAUUAGAGCAGCACAAUGCUCUA